AUGGCCCUGGCGGUGGCGCUGGGAGUGGUGGUGCUGCUGGCGGGCGGCGGGGCGGGGGCGUGCGGGCCGCAGCUGCCGCAGGGCUGCGUGUGCGCCGACGCGGCCACCAGGCUGCGGUGCCGCGCCGCCGGUCUCACCAGCCUGCCGCCGCUGCACGACCGCCUGCUCGAGCUGGACGUGUCCGGCAACAACAUCACCGCGCUGCCGCCCGCCGCGCUGCAGCCCGCCGCCUCACUGCGAGAUCUGAACCUGUCUGCCAACCGGCUGGAGGCUGCGGCGGGCGCGCUGAGCGGCGCGGCGUUGGUCCGGCUUUGGCUGGACGCGUGCGCGCUUCGCCACCUUCCAGAUGCCUCCUGGCCGCGCUUGCAGCUGCUGUCUGUGGGCGACAACGAGCUGGAAGAGCUGGAGGGGCUGGGCGGCGCGCAGGCGCUGCGCGUGCUGCGCGCGCCGCGCAACCGCCUGCGCCACCCGCCCGCCGCGCUCGCGCUGCUGCCGCGCCUCCAGGCGCUGAACCUGGCCGGCAACUUGAUCAGCGAGCUCACGAAUGCUUCGUUCCCACCGCUGCCGGCGCUGCACACGCUGGUGCUGAAGCGGAAUCGCAUCGCGUACAUCGACGAGCGCGCCUUCCUCAACACGCCGGCGCUGCGCGUGCUGCGUUUGGAAGAUAAUCUCCUGACAGAAUUACCGAUCGCCGUGCAUCGACUACCGCUGCUCGAAGACCUGUCCGUGGCGCGCAACCGCGUGGAGGCGGUGGGCGCGGGGCUGCGCGCGUGCUCGCGGCUCGCGCGGCUCGACCUGCGCGCCAACCCGCUCUCCCAGCUGCACCCGCACGCGCUCACGCAUCUGUCGCGCCUCAUCACGCUGGAGGUGUCGGAGGCGCGCGGGCUGCGCGCGCUGCCGGCGCUGGCGGGCGCGGCGCGGCUGCGCACGCUGCGGGCCGAGCGCGCGCGCCUCAACGCGCUGCCGCCCGACCUGUGCCGCCACGCCCCGCAGCUGCGAGCGCUGGACGUGCGGUCAAACUUGCUAGAGAGCGUGCCGGACCUGCACGAGUGCUCCGAGCUGCGAGUACUGUCUCUGUCGGACAACCUGGUGUCGGAGGUGGGUGGGGGGGCGCUACGCGGGCUGCGGCGGCUACACGACCUGCAGCUGGCUCGCAACCGCCUGCGCCGUCUUCCAGCCGAUGCCUUCCAGCACACGCCGCACCUGCAACUGCUAGACCUCGAGGGCAACCAAAUAGAGCACAUCGACAUGGAGACCUUCGUUCCUAUCUCUAAACUGGAGGACUUGAACGUGGGCAACAACCUGUUCCCGCGACUGCCGGCCAGCGGGCUCCAGCGGCUGCUGCACCUCAAGGCGCACAACAACCCCAACCUGCGCCGCUUCCAUCCACCUGAACUCUUUCCAAGGAUACAGACCCUGGUGCUGUCGUACGCGUACCACUGCUGCGAGUUCAUGCCGCUGGCGGAGAGUGCGGCGGCGGGGGAGGAGGACGGCGCGGAGAGCGAGGAGGGCGGCUUCAGCGACCUGGUGCUGCUGCCGCCGCGUCGCGUGGAUCUGGCCGCAUGGGCCAACGCCACCGACAUCUGGCCGCACUACCUAAACGCGACGGGCGAGGCGGCGAGCGGAGCGGCGAGCGGGGCGUGGGGCAGCGAGCUGGCGGGCGAGCUGCGCGCCGCGCGCCGCCCUCGAAUCCGCUGCCUGCCCUUGCCUGGGCCAUUCUUGCCGUGUGUGGACCUGUUCGACUGGUGGACCCUGCGCUGCGGCGUGUGGGCGGUGUUCCUGCUGGCGCUGCUGGGUAACGGGACCGUCGUCUUCGUGCUGGUGUUCAGCCGCAGCCGCAUCGACGUACCGCGCUUCCUCGUCACCAACCUCGCGGCUGCCGACUUCUUCAUGGGCAUUUAUUUAGGAUUCUUGGCGGUAGUGGAUGCUGGCACUCUGGGAGAAUUUCGCGCGCACGCCAUCUCUUGGCAGAUGUCAGGAGGCUGCCGCCUUGCUGGCUUCCUCGGCGUGCUGUCGUCCGAACUGUCCGUGUACACGCUGGCUGUCAUAACGUUAGAGCGGAAUUACGCCAUCACACACGCCAUGCAUCUCAACAAGCGGCUGUCCUUGCGGCACGCGGCUAUAGUUAUGGCAGCCGGCUGGGCCUUUUCACUUACGGCGGCCGCGUUACCACUGUUCGGCAUCAGUGACUACCGAAAAUUCGCCAUUUGCUUGCCGUUCGAAACUAGCACCCCGGUGUCGCUCGGGUACGUGGUGUCUCUGCUCGCAAUCAACGGUGUCGCGUUUCUAGUGCUGCUCGGAUGCUAUCUCAAGAUGUAUUGCGCCAUCCGUGGCUCCCAGGCCUGGAACUCGAACGAUUCAAGAAUAGCGAAGCGCAUGGCGCUACUGGUGUUCACGGACUUCCUGUGCUGGUCGCCCAUCGCUUUCUUCGCGCUCACCGCCGCCUUCGGUGCGCAACUCGUGUCGCUCGAAGAGGCGAAAGUGUUCACCGUGUUUGUGUUACCGCUGAACUCGUGCUGCAACCCGUUCCUCUACGCGAUACUCACAAAGCAGUUCAAGAAAGACUGCGCGCUAGUGUGUAAGGCUAUCGAGGAGUCGCGUGUGACGCGGGGGAUAGGCCGAUGCCGGCACUCGUCCAACUUCAGCAACAGGCAGACGCCGGCCAACACGAACAGUUUGGCGGAGCGAUCGUCGCGCGGGCAGCACGGCGCUCAGUGCGCGUGCCGUCGUCUGCUGCCGGUCGUGGCGCCGGUCACUGUGCCCGAGACGGGCCAGCGGGAGAGGGAGAGGCAGAAGGAGCAGAAGCGGGAGCGCAAGCGAGAACGGGUGGCGGGCGGCGAGCGGCUGCUGCGCUGGCUGCGAACACUCGGGCGGCGCGCGCCCCCCGCCCCGCCCGCGCCGCGCCCCGCCGCCGCGGCGCCCGCGCGCGCCGGCUCGGUGUCGUCGUCGGUGGAGUUCUCGUCGUCGCGCUCGGACUCGUGGCGCACGUACGGGCGCGCGCCGCCGCCGCCGCGCCGCGCCGCCAGCUGGCUGGUGGCGCGCAAGACCUCGCAGGACUCCAACCUGUCGUCGUCGCGCAACGACUCGUCCGGCUCGAACGCGACGGCGUCCACGGGCACGUGGCGCACGACGCGCUCGGGCGGCAGCGGGGCGGCGGCGGGCGUAGGGGCGGGGGCGGGCGCGCGGCCGCGGCUCACGCGGCAGCCGGCCGUGUCGGCGGACGAGCCGCCGAGCUCGCCGGUGGCGCUACCCGCGCUGCCGGCGCCGCGGCUGCUGCACACGAUCCCGUCGGCCGCGGAGCCGGACACCGCGCAGGAGGAGGCGGACGCGCGUGCCGCCGCCGUGUAG